CUCCGCGUGAGUGUCUGCAUCUCUCCCUUCACUCUCAUCAAGGACGCAGAAGCUGCGCGAGCCGAAAGUUUGCUGAUCCUCUGUGAUGUCGUCAUCAGUGACGUUCCCCCGCACUUCUGGGCAAUAAGCAGAUGUGGACCCCCGCGCGCUCAUUUGCCUCGAGCCGCUCGUGAGCACAGAGGACACCUGUUGCAGGUGAAGCCCGUGUGUGUGUUCGGGCGCGCGGCACAUGACGCACGAGCGUCCGCGUGAUUACUGGCAGAGCACCUCAGCGAUUUUCCAGUGUCAUGAUCCGUGGAGCGUGACCACGCGCGAGGAUUCUUCACCUUCUCCGGAACUGGACCCUGACGCGCAGGUCUGACUAACCUCCUGACUUCACAUUUGUCCAAAGGCUUUCAGGUCAGUGUUUCAAGAUUGGAGGCAGUGACCCAUCAGCUUCAGAUUUGAGUCCUUGAUCAGAUUGGCAGACAGGAAGGUCAACCUCUUCAACUGAACAAAGUUAUCUUCCAUCAGGGAUCAGAUCAAAUCAAAUGACUGACUCUCUCUGGCUACUGAAGAAGUCUGUUCUUCCCAAAGUCUUUUUUUGGUCUUUGGAUUUCAUGAUGGAGCCUCAGAGCUGGUACACCUUCCCAUCAGAGCUGAAUUCCUCCUCCACCCCCUUUCUCUACUCCAGCCAGCUCCCCCUCAACCUCUCAUCCAACUUGUCCACCCAGAGCAUCCCGUUCCAGGGCAGCAGCACCACGCUGACGGCCAUCAUCUCCCUCACCGUCUUUGUGCUCGGUCUGACCGGGAACACUCUGGCCAUCUACGUGGUGCUUCGCUACGCCAAGAUGAAGACCGUCACCAACAUCUACAUCCUCAACCUGGCGGUGGCAGACGAGCUGUACAUCAUCGGGCUCCCCUUCCUCACCACGCAGAACGUGCUCUCUUACUGGCCGUUUGGGUCCUUCUUGUGCCGCGUGGUCAUGACCGCAGACUCCAUGAACCAGUUUACGUCCAUCUUCUGCCUCACAGUCAUGUCCAUGGACCGGUACCUGGCAGUGGUCCAUCCUAUCCGAAGCACCAAGUGGAGACACCCCCGCGUGGCCAAGGUGGUGAGCGCAGGGAUGUGGGCUGUGUCCUUCGUGGUGGUCCUGCCAGUGGUCAUCUUCUCUGAUGUACAGGACACCUUCAACUCCUGUAACAUGAUCUGGCCGGAGCCAAAAGAUGUGUGGUCGACAGCCUUCAUCAUCUACACCUCUACAGUGGGCUUCUUCGGGCCCCUGCUCAUCAUCUGCCUCUGUUACUUGCUAAUAAUCGUGAAGGUGAAAUCCUCUGGGGCGCGGGUUGGCUUUGCUAAGCGCCGCCGUUCAGAGCGGAAGGUGACCCGGAUGGUGGUGGUGAUUGUGGUGGUGUUUGUGCUCUGCUGGUUGCCGUUCUUCAUCAUCAACAUGGUCAACCUGGUGGUCAUCAUACCUGAGUCCAGCAGCACUGCAGGGAUCUACUUCUUUGCUGUGAUCCUGUCCUAUGCCAACUCAUGCGCCAACCCGCUGCUGUAUGGGUUCCUGUCGGACAACUUCAAACAGAGCUUCAGAAAGGUGCUGUGUGUAAGGAGUCUGCGGUGCACCGUCAGCGGUGUGGAAGAUGGUGAUCCCAGUGUCCCCCGAACAGAGAAGAGCACAGCUCAGGACUGUAUCCUGCUCUCCCCCCAGAAUGAGAUGCACCGCCACCCCCAGAACAGCCAGAUUUGUCCUCACCACACCGACUCACCACCCCCCCAUACAGCUGCAGACUUGCACCACCCCACCAACCCCUGCCAGCUACUGUCUGUCUGCACAGGAACUACAACCAUGCUGACCUCAGUGGAAAAUGCACCAGACACCUCGCUGUCAGGGCUCUGACCAGCACCCCCCACUCCCCCGUCAGUGGUCUGGACCUCAGAUGUGCAGAGGAGGAACAGAUCAUCUGAUUAAAAAGAAAUCCUCCACUGGAUUUAUUCUUUUGACACAAUCUGAAACAUCAUGACGAUACAAACCUUGUGAUCAUGGUAGCAGAGAAUAAAAUAAAUGCUGAAAGAAAAAUGUGUUUAAUGCAACUGGCACGGACAAAAGAUAUCCCGGACAAACCCCCAAUUAUGAGGGUUUAGAGCAUUAAGGGAAAAGAAACUCAAGACACAAAUGCAUCGAUUAUAAGGAUUUUUAUUUCUAAGGAAAAACACAAUACUUGGUAGGAGGAGAAGUAAAUAAGCUCAAUAAAUAAAUAAAAAAA